AGACAAUUAAGAAAGAUCGGCCUGUGUCUUGUAUGAUUAUGAAGUCUAUGAAAAGCGCAAGAAGAACGCUGUAGCAACGCACGAGCAACAGAAUGUUGUUGUCAGUCGGUGGCUGGGUAGCCUAUUCGCUUCCUCGUUCAGCCCUCUCAGACCUCCUCUGACAUGAUUCGCGAUAUCCGUUCUCAAGUUACAACAGCAUAGGUAGGAUAGUGAUUCGUCAACUGUGAGUUUUGUGCGUUCCUGUUGGCUGCGGGCUUGUGUACACGUCAGCAGUCAAUUUCAAGUCAUUCCCUUGUACACGAAAUGACUUUUUUCCUCUUCCUGGUUACAAGUUUUAUGACACAUGAUACUUUCAGUUGGUGUUACCUGACCAAAAUGACCGUGAAGUAAAUGUCAUACCCAUGCGAGCACAGAUGGCCUCGUCAACGGAAUGUCUUGACAGCGCAUUCUAAAGCAUUUUACAAAGCGGCUGGUUGGUAAUAACGGAUAGGCUACAAGUUAUUACGCGCAUCUGUAACUGAGUAAUGGUCAAGUUUGGUGGUGUUAGCGUUCCAUAGGUCUGUGUACGUGCCAGAGUUGUACGCAGGUUGAGGUGACAAAAUGAGAUUCAGACUCCUCCGAAGAAACCUAAUCGCCUUCCUGCUUGUCUCCCUAGUUGUAUUCAUCUUCAUGUACACAAAAUUUGUUGUUGUCUCUGACAAACCUCCUGAAACACCACCUCUGGAAAGUAAGCCACUGGAGAUCCAAGCCACUGCCCUGAGCAAUUUCCAAUAUGGAUCAGUUAUGGACAUGAGGACUUCAGUAUAUGACAGUAAUUUCAAACAGUUCGUUCAGAACAGUGACAAGUUCCCAGGGGACCCCGAGGUCGUCAUUGUAGUGCAAGUCCACAACAGGCCAGCUUACCUCAAACUGUUAAUACAGUCAUUGGAAAGUGCUGCAAAUGUUGACAAGUUUCUAGUUAUAUUUAGCCAUGACUAUUUUUCCCCGGAAAUAGCCAGCGUUGUACAAGGGAUAAACUUUUGCAAGGUCCUGCAGAUUUAUUUCCCUUACAGUCGUCAGCUUUAUCCGGACGAGUUUCCCGGGCAGGACCCGAAGGACUGUCCACGGGACAUAGCCAAGGCCGACGCCAUCAAGUCUGGCUGUAUCAACGCUGAGCACCCAGACUCCUACGGCCACUACCGGGAAGCCUCCAUCACCCAGACCAAGCACCACUGGUGGUGGAAGCUCCACUUCGUGUGGGAGCGCGUCCAGGCCCUGCAGGGCUUCAGUGGCUUCAGCCUCUUCAUCGAGGAAGACAACUACCUCCUCCCCGACUUCUACCACUUCUUCAAGGGCGUGCUGGACCACAGGAAGUCUGAUUGCCCUGACUGUGACAUGCUGGCCCUGGGCAACCACGACGGCACACCGGGGCGCUUCCAGGAGCUCUCGGGCCAGCUGGACACGGCGAGCUGGCUGUCCACCAAGCACAACAUCGGCAUGGGCAUCUCCAGGGAGGUGUACUACAAGCUGAUGGGCUGCAACAAUGAGUACUGCACCUACGAUGAUUACAACUGGGACUGGACCCUGCAGAACCUCUCCGGCACCUGCAUCUCCAAGCCGCUGAAGGUGCUGGUGGCUCGGGCCUCCAGGGUGCUGCACACAGGGGACUGUGGCCUGCACCAGAAAGAGGCCUGUAAGCCAGAGAUGGCUCAGGCCAAGGUGCAGGAGUCCCUCCAGCAGGCAAAGUCAGGUCUCUUUCCCCAGACCCUCACUGUGACAGACCAUGGGUCUGUUCAGCACACCCCACACAUGAAGAACGGAGGAUGGGGUGACAUCCGAGAUCAUGCACUAUGCAAAAACUAUGCCAAACGUCUCUGAGCCAAAUCGUCACUUUAUGAUAUCACCACCCCCUCCCCAACCUUAAGUGCCAUUUUGAAUGAUGAGAAUGACAAGAUGAACAGGGAAAAAUAUACCUAUAUUUUGGGAUCUUGGGUUUUCUAAAGAGGCAUGUACACAGUGGAAGAUAACAAAGACCACAUCUUGAAAAAUCAGGAAUGUAAAUGUUUGUGUCUUUUUUGUAUCUUUUAUCUUUUACCCUCAGAGGAUGAUUCCAUAGAAAUAUUUUUGUUUCUGACUUUUAAAGGCCAAAGCCUUAACAUUAUGAAUCGCAGUGAUCCGUCUUAGGCUGUCACAUUUCAUGUUGUAGGCCUAUUCUUCACCUGUAUUUGUAUUCUCUUCUGCACAUUUACAAAGGGAAAAAAAUCCACCACAGUAUAGCAUUCCUUAAUUGUUUCCCUUUGUGAUAUUUCUAAGUAUCACAAGAAGACAUGGUUUUAAUCAAUCAAAUGUGUAAAAAAGCUGAAAUCUGCUUUUUAAGUGAUUUAAAAACAAACAUCCAGAUUCCAUUUUCUUUUUCUUGGAUUAUUGUCUUGGUGACCAGUGCAUGUCAAGAGAGUAUCUGUUCUACAGUAUAUUAUUUGCAUGACUAUUUACAUAGGGCUAAGAGGGAAAACCCACACAAGAUGCAAAACUGUACGUGUUUGUAUGUUAUAAUGUUUUUUCUUAUUCUCUGAGUGUCUUAUGUUGUUACGGUUUAUUCCAAGCAGGACUGACAAUGCAUUGCCAGUGGGAGUUUUUUCUAAAUGCUUGCUGUGAUUUCAAAGGUCCCUGUCCCUGUUUGUCUUUGUGAAAUGUUGGUUUUGCUGAGUUGAAUGUCUGCGUUAACCUCCGCACUAACCUUUGCUCCACAGGAAAGGUGUGUUUCCUCUCAGCUUGAACCUUUAAGGCUUAUGCAAUCUCACAUACUCUGAACCACUGUUGAUUACACUGUUUUAAUUAGUUUUUGUUUUCUCACAUUCACAGAUGUAAAACAGUUUGUCAGCUUCUAUCAGCUUGAAGAUAUUCGUUAGACAGAGAUGUUUCACACUUUGAAUGUUCAUUUUGCUCCUGUUCCUUUCCGUACCAAUGCCGUAAUAUAAGCCAUAUUCUGAACAGC